AUGCAUCCGGCACCCUGCUCUCUGUUGGUCGCGGCGCCUCGCUCUGCUCGAGGCUUCCAGCAGCUGGCUGGUCACCUGUCGCUGCGGCUGCGGCCUCGGCGGCGGCUCCUCGGAUCGGCGGCGGCGGUCCAGGCUCACGAUCACGGCGACUUGGCAGAGGCCGCGGCGCCCAUCAAGACCGGACGUGGCGUCCGGAUACGCGAUGCGAAACCCUUCUCCGAAUUCCUGACCGACACGUUUCACCGAUCCCACGACUACCUGCGCAUCUCGGUGACGGAGCGGUGCAACCUGCGGUGCGUGUACUGCAUGCCGGAGGAGGGAGUGCCCCUGUCUCCGAGCAAGGAGCUGCUGACGACGGCCGAGAUCGUGCUCCUGUCCUCCCUCUUCGUCUCCCAAGGUGUGUCGAAAAUCCGGCUGACGGGAGGCGAACCGACGGUGCGGGCCGACAUCGUGCCCCUGAUGCACCGGCUCGGCGCCUUGCGGUCACAAGGCUUGAGGGAGCUGUGCAUCACGACGAACGGCAUCUCGCUCCAUCGGAAGCUGGACAGCAUGGUCGACGCCGGCCUGACGGGCGUCAAUCUCAGCCUCGACACGCUGGACCCCUGGCAGUUCCAGAUCAUGACGCGCCGAAAGGGUCUCGACGCCGUCCGGAAGAGCAUCGACAAGAUCCUGGAGCUCAACAGGCUAGGCGCAGGCAUCAAGCUGAAGAUCAACUGCGUCGUCAUGCGAGGCGUCAACGACGGCGAGAUCAUGUCCUUUGUCGACAUGACUCGAGAGAAGGACAUGGAAAUCCGAUUCAUCGAGUACAUGCCCUUUGACGGGAACAAAUGGAGCAGGGCGAAGAUGGUCAGCUACGCGGAAAUAUUGGAUGUUAUUCGGGAGAAGUAUCCGACCCUCGGCAAGGUGCGCGACGACAAGAACGACACGAGCAAGACGUGGCACAUUCCCGGCUUCGCCGGCCGCAUCGGCUUCAUCACGAGCAUGACGCAUAACUUUUGCGGCACCUGCAAUCGGCUGCGCAUCACGAGCGACGGGAACCUCAAGGUCUGCCUCUUCGGGAACACGGAGGUAUCGCUCCGCGACAUACUGCGAAAGUCCAACCAUGGCGAGCCGGUCGACGAGGAGGCCUUCGAGACGUUGCGGCGCAUCAGCUCGAGUCGACAGCACGGUUCGGCACCAAACGAGGUCGAGCUUCUCGACGCCAUCGGCACGGCGGUGAAGGGGAAAAAGGCCAAGCACGCAGGCCUCGGCGAGCUGGAGCACAUGAAGAAUCGGCCCAUGAUCUUGAUAGACGAUGGCCCCAGGUUUCUGCCGCCCAUCGUGCCAGCACGAGUGCGACAAAUACUUGGCAGCACGGCCCUGCUUCCGUCGAUGCCCCGGUCACGCGUCCACUCAUGCAAAGGCCGGCAGAUGUUCUCCACGUCGCGGCGCCGAGGGCAGACCAAAUCUCGAGACUCGGCAUCUCGAGAGGCGGCUCGGGAAGGUCUUGGUCUCACUCACGUGUCGGCGUCGGGCUCGGCACGGAUGGUUUCGAUUUCCGAAAAGAGCAUCACGUCGCGCGUGGCGACGGCGGCAUGCACCGUCCGAUUCUCCAGCGACGUGGCCCCGAAGCUCAUCGAGGAUGACCAGAUGAAGAAGGGCGACGUGCUGGGCGUCGCCCGCGUGGCAGGCAUCAUGGCCGCCAAGCGGACGGCCGAUCUCAUCCCGCUAUGUCACCCGAUCGCCAUUUCUCACGUCAAGCUCGGGCUGCACGUCAGGCCGGCGGCGGCGGAAGGUGGCGAAGGGUGGCCGACUGUCGAAAUCCGGGCCACGGUAACGUGCGACGGGAAAACCGGCGUCGAGAUGGAGGCACUCACGGCGGCGGCCACGGCAGCCCUGACGGUCUACGACAUGUGCAAGGCUGUCGACAAGGAAAUGCGAAUCGAAGGGUUGCGCGUAGUCUUGAAGGAUGGUGGAAAGAGUGGGCGGUGGGAGACGGAGUGA